UAGAUCUAUUUCUACCUCGGUUUCUACUACCUUGGCCAUAGUUCGCUUCCUCAAUCAGGAAACCACCUGUUUGUCCUAGACUAUCAUUUCAAAUUGGUGGUCUCUUGUUAUGCUACGGAAAAGUAGCUUAUUGCUGCAAAAUUGAAUUCAAUCCCAUAUUUUAUUUGGACAAAAAGCUUAUUUGACAUUAGCUAGUUCUAGCCCUUAUAGGUGCAAGGUCUAACUACAUUUAUCUUGCUUUGCAGUGACCUUUGUUUCCAAAGUAUUAUCCAAGUGGUAAAUAACGGAAGGUGAAAAACAUUUCACUUUCAAUUCAAUAAUAAAUAUGGCACUGCAUCAACAGGCACAUAUUGUUGUCUUGGGUUCAUUCAUGACAGAUGUUGUAAGCUAUGUCAGCCAUCUGCCCAGAGUGGGUGAAACACUGUGUGGUUCUAAGCUUGCCAUCUGUUGUGGAGGAAAAGGUGCCAACCAAGCUGUAAGUGCUACUCGACUUGGAGCAAAUACUGCCAUUAUUGGGAAGUUAGGAAAUGAUUCGUUUGGAAAAUCCUACUUGGAUGCUCUUAAGAAAGAGCAAAUUAUUACUGACUUUGUGUGUCUCACAUCUGAAGCUUUAACAGGGUUGGCUCAAAUUAUCGUCGAAGACAGCGGCCAGAAUAGUAUCGUCAUUGUUCCUGGAGCAAAUAAUUAUUUGACAGCUCAGGAUGUGAAUAAUUCGAAGGACACGCUUGCCAAAGCCAAAAUCAUGCUUUCAGUUCUUGAAAUUCCACGCGAAGCUGUUUUAACCGGGUUAAAACUGGCAAAUGAGCUUGGAGUUUUCACAAUAUUAAAUGCCGCCCCGGCUGUGGAAAAUUUAGAGAAGGAUUUCUAUGAGCUCGCAGAUAUUUUCUGCGUCAACGAGACGGAGGCCGAAAUGCUAAUCGGUCAACCAGUUACAAGCCAUGAUGAAGCACUAUCAGCAGCUCACCGUUUAAUGGGAAAAGGAUGCAAGAAACACGUACUCGUCACUCUGGGAAAACAAGGGGCCCUUCUGCUUUCAAGAAAUGGCAAAAACGGCUUCCUCGAGCCUGUGUCUGUUACAGCUCCGGAGGUUAAAGCCAUUGAUACCACGGGUGCUGGAGAUUGCUUUUUGGGAGCGCUUGCCUAUUUCCUGGCUUAUCAUCCAGACUUCCCAUUGAGUAAAGCGGUGGUAAAUUCAUGCCGUGUUGCGUCGAAGAGUGUUCAAAAGGCCGGCACUCAAACUAGUUUUCCUUACAGGCAAGAGCUUGAAUGCGAUUUAUUCGUGUAAAGCUAUAGAAGAAAAAAACGCGUAGUUUUUGAAAUAAUAGUUAGUUCCAUAGUUUUCUUUCUAACCAUUUUGACAACCGAAACGGAUGAAUCUGUAAAAGCCAAAAAUAGCUUUAUUUCAUCGAAAUCUGUGUUGAAAAAUUAGAAAGCAACAACAGCAUAGAGCACGAUAUUUCUUGAGUAACGGUGUCAUUCUCUGGCAAAUCAUUUUUUAUAAAGCGGACAUGUCUUACACAUUGAUUGUACAUACACAAAUUCCAUGAGCUUCGCGUCAACAACGCGUACGAGGCUUCUUUUGGAGCUUCACAAUUUUAAGUGAAACAGUAAAGGAUUUAGGAUUACCAGGUUGGCUGAUGUGUACAGUAUGGUAAACGUACAGUAGAAUUAUUAAACAUAAAAA